AUGGAUUCGUUAAAACAACAUGUUCGAGACACCAACUUCUCCAACUGGCUAGAUGUUGCUGUAGGUAUAUCGGCUACAACAAAAGGAUUAUCAGACUAUCUCGAAGGCACUCUCUUGUCUUUACAUCACACAAUAAAAUAUGGGCCAUGUGCACAAUUGCCGAUCUGCAGACGCAACUGUAGCAAGACUGAGCAUAACCUCUCUUUAUGGUGUCCUACUUGCACGAAAUGGAAAAAGCAAAUCAUGCUGUACAACAAAUACAGCACUCGAGCUAGGCAGAUCAAAUGGAAAGAUAUCAAUUCUUCGGAAUGGCCUCAAAAUGUCAAUGAAAUGGUGAAGGUGUUCGCCCCAGAUUGGUGGGAGGCUAGAACGUCAUACACUGACGACAUUGUUGUUGCAUUGCAUGUUAUUCAUAACUGUAAGACAUUCAAUUCAAUUCAAAGUCUAACCAUUAACCGCGUAAGAAAUAUUCGAAAUGCCCUGUUUGCUCAUGGACAGCUUCAAGUGAACGCGUUUGAAAGGAAAAGAGCCUUCAAGGAUCUCAUUGCAUUUCUCAAAUUACCGGAGAUCUCUAAAACUGAAUCUGGCAAAACAGCUAUUUUACAACUUAAACGUUUAAAAUCAAAUUGUGUCAUAAGGCUUGCUACAGAGGAGGAGAAAACUUUCAGACAUCACCUAGUCAAUGUUCUCAAUCCAGUAAAUGUCGCAGAGAGGACAUUUCUGGACCAACAUGACAGCGUUAGUGAGAUAAGAAUAUGUUUGUAUGAAGACAACGUUGAUACAGAAGACAAGAAGAGUUGUCUAGCAAGACGAUGGAUAGGCAUGUCUUUGACAUUCAUACUUGUAAUAAUUCUUGCAACUGUCGGUCUCUGGAAUGACACAACUGACAAAAGAUUAUUAAAAGAAAAAGAUUGUCUAUCACUGACAUAUUCUGAACCCUGUCCAUGGGAACCGGACUAUAUCUUCGACGGCUAUCUGAAGAACAGUCCUCUCCUUUUGGGCCGGAAGUGGCUUAUCCAAAAGAUCCAAACGUCUUUAAUGGGUACACAAUCCAGAGGCGUCAUGUUGACAGCAGAAAUGGGUUAUGGUAAAUCUACAUUAGUAUCACACCUGCUUUGUAGCGCUGAACGUUCGGAAAGUAACGGAUUACGGAAGUUUAUAUUGUCAUACCAUAUUUGCAAAUUUGACGUGAUCAGUACUCAAAGACCUGAAUAUUUCAUUAAAAACCUCGCCGGCAUGUUAAUAAGUAAUUUGCCAGAAGCAGGAAAUGCUAUUUUGACUGAUAAACUCGCGAUGAGCUUUUUACAAACCAGUAAGUGUUCGGAGGACCCUGUUGGUUGUAUUGACGCCUCAAUCAUUCAUCCUUUAAGCGGUCUUACAUUCGAUGAGGAACGGUAUGUUAUUAUUGACGCUAUAGAUGAGUGUGGAGAUUCCGCCGCCAUUGCUAUAUCUCUUCUUGAUGUCUUGUCUAAACGGAUCAGCAGCAUGCCGUGGUGGCUUAAGUUCUUCAUAACAGCUAGAGACGUUAACAUGGUGACUGACAGGUUUUCUGGAAUGAAAAGAUUUCAUGAAACGCUGGAAAAUGUCCAGAACCAAAACGACAUCUCUACUUUCCUCGCUCACCAUCUAUUUACACACACUUCUACAUUUUCACGUUUGUUUGGCACACACACUGAUAUCAAGGAAGUAACUAAACGCAUUUUGAGGGUAAGUGGAUCCAAUUUUUUAUAUGUAGACCUCGCAGUUAAAUUUUGGAUAGGUUCUCCGCAUAGCAAAUUUACUGAUAUCCCACAGUCUCUUAAUGAAUUAUACCAUACAAAUUUGGACCGCGUAUUUGGUGAUAACCCGCCAUUGUACAAUCUCGCGAGGAAGGUUUUUGAGGUGCUAUGCACAUCGUAUAAACGAUUGCCACUUGAGGAAUUGGAAGCUAUUCUAAAUGUUACAAAGGAUCCAUAUGAUCUUCGAAGUCUUCUCGGAAACCAAAUUUCUCAUUUUGUGGAAAGCAAAAACACGUACAUUAGUAUAUAUCACAAAGGAAUCUGCGAUCACCUUAGUAAUAACGCCUCCAGCUAUUAUAAAUAUUAUAUCUCAAAGGCCAACGGUCACAAACUGUUUGCGAGUUACCUUCUCCGUAAAUAUAACAUCAGUAGUACUGAUAUACUAGAUAUGUUUAUCCAUGUAGCAGAGUCAAACGAUCUGGUACUUCUACAUUCAUUCCAACAUACCAGACAUAUUUUGGAAACGAACUUUUCCUCUGGCAAUCAUCUUUAUCAAAUGGCACGAACCAAAAAUUCAUUUUUGGGUACCAAGUUACUUAUCAAAGUUCUCGGAAAAGAACACAUCAAUAAUGUUACAUCCGCAAAUGUUACAGCUACAUUUCUGGCGGCGGCUUUUGGACAUUCUGAAACACUUAGAGCGCUGAUAGAAGAAGGGGGAGACUAUUUCUUUAGAGUACAGAGUCCUCCAAACAAAGGAGGGUUGGAGGAUGCGGUCAGGCACUGCAAAUACACAACUUUGUGGGGUUAUGGUUUACUAGAUAUUGCUUCUCAAAACGGACAUUUAAACGUAGUUGAUCUUCUGUUGUCUAAAAAUCAAACAUUGCUCUAUUUGAAAAACGGCUUAAACCUUAACGCUGUACACCUAGCUUCAGAACAUGGUCACACAGACAUUUUGAAUCAAUUCCUAGAAAUAAAUAGUACGUUAGCCGACCAGAAUUCCCUAUAUUUAGCAUCAAAGAAUGGCCACUUGAGAUCUGUUUUGUCGUUGUUACAGCAUGGCGUUAAGGACACUUGUAUUCCAUGUGGAGACAAAAUUUACUGGGUCACUAAUAACACAAAAAGAAUGCAAUGGCACCCUUGUUACAACAUAGGUGAAAAUGUUGAAUGUAACCGAUUAUUGUUAUUGCAAUAUGCCGAGUUAGAAAAUGUAACAUUUGUUCUAAAUGAUGAUGAAAGGUUAAUCAAAUGUACAACCGCAUUAGAAAUUGCCAUCCAAAGAGGUUACAAAGACAUCGUUUUCCAUCUUCUAUCGCAGACCACUAACGCCAUCAGUUGUCGGGAGUAUGGAGGAAGGACUCCACUUCUUACGGCAAUUAAAUAUAACCAAUCUGAAAUCCUUGACAUUAUUGUAGAAAAUGGUGGAAAUUUUAAUGAGAAAUGUGAACAUGUACAUAAUUCAACGGUUAGAAUGUCAUUUCAAAUUUUCAAUUACAACGAGCAAACAAGUUUAAUCAAUGACAUGUGCCCACUGGGAGCUGGUUUUGAACACAUCCUCGCUAUGAGUGGCAGGAAAGAAAUAUUCAAACAUCUUCAUUAUCGUGGCAAGUCUUUUAACUGGACGUUGAAAGACAUGUCUGGUAAUACGCCAUUACACUAUGCUGCUUGUAACAACGAAUGGAAAAUGAUGCAUUAUAUGAUCAUCUUCGGGAAAGUAAAUAUAUACAUAGCUGCGACGAAUGGGUCUUUACCGAUCCACUCUGCUGUUCUGUGUAAUGCCAUUAUGUCAUAUGUAGCUCUAGAGCCUCACUACGCUAAAACGAGUAGAGAACUGGUAGACAAUGAAGGUCGAGGAUUGUUUCAUUACUUAGCUCUAGGUUCAAAGUACACAAAGGAUGUAAACUCCAUGAUACAUAUGCUAACGUCGGAAUCUGAACUAAAAACUUCAACAAAAGAUACCAACUCAAGCAAUUAUUUACAUUAUGCUGUUGAAAUUGGCAAUCAUCAGAGCAUAUGGUAUUUUGUUUUCAGGUCCAAUACAUCACUUUUGUUAGAACCAAAUCAAAUCAAUAAAACUGUUGUAGAUGUUGCAUUUGACAAUUUAGUACACCAGAAUGAAUACAGGUUGUGUUUAAACUGUUCACUUGUAGAUCUAUUUAACAAACAACAAAAUAUUGAGUAUGAUGAAAUAGUAUCCAAGGAAGAAAUUGUCGUAUUCAGGAUAUUUCAAUUAAUAGGCCAACAUCCGGAACUGCAACAAACAGUAGACUACCCUAAGUACCACAGACUGGCGGUCAUGAAAGGUAAUACGUUCAUCCUUUAUUCUAUUAUUAUGUUCCAGCCGAGACCUUUGAUUGUACCUGUUGAUAAACAUUUACUUGCCGCGUUCUUUUCCGCUAAACAACCUUCAAUAGGAAUGAUGAAUUUAUUAUCACAAUUCACCUCGGACUAUUGUAACAAACCCUUUGAAGAAAGUCUUUUGCAUCGAACAAUAAGAAAUGAAAACAACCAAUUCUGGAUUUAUUGGGCUUAUGGCGGCGAAUUUGUAAACGUUUUAAAUCGAAAACCUAUUUCGUUUUGGGAUACAUGUUACGACAGAGAUGGUUACAAUAUACUCCAUCACGCAAUCAUGGGAGGAAACUUUGUGGCUGUACGGUUCCUGAUAGAAAGCGGCAUGGCGUUAAACGGGCCUCGUUCAUCUAAACCUAUAGACUUGAUUUACCUAGGUGUGUCACAUGCAGAUAUCUAUGUAAUUGAUCACAUCGAAUCGAGACCCUGGAUGCAAUACAGAAAGUCUCAUAUCGACAAUGAUUAA